UUCUUCAUCUUCAAGAGACCAGUGUCUUUCCUUGGAAAUUCUCUUGUUCUUUUCUCCUCCAUUAAAUUAUUAAUCUUUGUAUUCCUUCUCCAUUGGUGUUAUUAUAACCAAAAAUACUUGGAUUAUAUAAUAACCUUAAACAAGCAAUUCCCAUGUUGUUCUUCAAUCACUGAACUAUAUUAUGUUCAUCUGUUGGUAGAAAGUUUCAGUCCUUAGAUUCUGGGGGAGUUUGGUUUGGUUUUCUUGGCAAUGCAAGCGCCUCAAGGAGUGAGUAGUGGAGUUGCAGAAUCUCCUGCUGCUCAGACUGGUGGUCAGAAUCUGAAGUCCAUACAUGAAGAAGGUGGGGAACCAGGUCAUGGAGGAAGACGCCCUGAUAUAUCACUUCAAAUACCCCCAAGGCAUGCAGGGUUUGGCAGAAGCCGUAGUGGGAAGGGCAUGAUCCAGUCUCAAGGUUCCUCUAAGAGUAGCCAACUAUCAGGAGGCUUAUUCCGGGCUUUAAGCUUCAAGAAGAAAGGUACACUGCAGGAUGGUGAGAAAAGUUCCCUCCUAAAUUCAGACUCUAGUACAGCUCCCGGAAGUCCAAUAGCAGCCAAUAAUGAACCAGCAUCUUCUUGGACAAAGUGUGCCUCUCUUCCUGUCACACCAGCAUCUAAUCUGUCACCAUCCAUUUCUACACCUGUUUCUGCAAGGAUGUAUAACGAACGGCACAAGCGCUAUAAAGAAAAUAGUAAGCCUACAAUUUCAAGGUCCCUGUCUGUGCCUGGGCGAAAUAAAGUUAUUGUCAGAUCCAUAUCUUUUGCUGCUCGAAAUGAGAGUAUCCAGACGGAUCCUAGUGAUGAUCAAAUAACUCCAGUUGCAGUCGAGGCUGAUGAUGAAGAAAUUCCUGAAGAAGAAGCAGUAUGCAGGAUUUGUCUUGAUGAAUGUGAAGAACAAAAUACACUCAAAAUGGAAUGCAGUUGCAAAGGGGCUCUCAGACUUGUACAUGAAAAGUGUGCAAUUGAGUGGUUUAGCACAAGAGGAAACAGAACAUGUGAGGUAUGUAGGCAGGAGGUUCAGAAUUUACCUGUAACCUUGCUUCGAGUACAGAGCUCUGUUCAAAGGACCAAUGGACAGAACCAGAAUCAACAGAGUUUGCGUCCGGAAACGAUAAGUGCGUGGCAGGACUUCGUAAUACUGGUAUUGAUUAGCACAAUAUGCUAUUUCUUCUUUCUGGAGCAACUACUGAUUCGAGACUUGAAAACUCAAGCUAUCAUGGUUGCAGCACCAUUUGCAUUUACAUUGGGUCUCUUAGCAUCAAUAUUUGCAGUUGUCCUCGCAAUCAAGGAGUAUAUAUGGACAUAUGCAGCUCUCGAGUUCGGACUUGUAGCACUCAGCGUACACCUUCUCUAUUCUACAUUUCAUCUGCCCGCUGUAUAUUCAAUAUUGCUUGCAUCAGUAGUGGGUUUCGGAAUAUCAAUGAGCCUCAACACAUUGUAUAUGCAAUACUUCACUUGGCGAGUUCAAGUUGCUCAAAACAACACCAGCCCAGUUUGACUGAAUCUCGGUAGUAGCAACUAGCAAGGCUAGCAUUUAGCGUUGUGUUGGUCAAUUAUUAAUACAAUAAUGCAUUUUUUUUGGUUACUAGAAUUGAUCGAGCAGACAAGUUUUUGUAUAAUGAAAGAUGUUGCCACCGAAGCAA